CGGGUCCUCAGCGCUCAGCGAUGGCUGAUACGUCCGAUGAAGUUAACAGCAAAAGCCGUCCAAUCCGAGGAGAAAACCAGACGUGUGAAGGACCAGAGCUUGAAAGCGAGACCUCAUUAAUAUCGACGACUUUCGCUAGGACGGCUGGCAGUAUGGAUAUGGAUAGUGCUUCAAAGUCAGCUCCCAUCGAGACAAUACCAGCAGAAAUUUUAGCGGAGAUAAUGGUUCUGACGUUGCCUCAGUGCGAUUUUGCCCUCACAAAGUGGGACGAGGACGUGAAGUGGCGUAAUGUUUUGCGCCUCACCGGUGUGUCCCGGCAGUGGAAAUACGUCGGGGAACACACCUCGAAACUAUGGAGCUGUUUCCGAGUGGAACUCUCUGGCACGAGUGAAUCGAGGGCGAAGAUAUAUCUGACGAGAACCUGGAUUUCCCGUUCUGGGGCGGCUCCGCUCAACGUAUCAUUUGUGCUUCCGUUUUACUGGUGCGAGCCGCCCGCGAACGAACAGGUCGUCGCGGAAUGGCUCAAUGUUCUCAAACCGAACCUGCACCGCUGCAAGACGCUGAAGCUCUCAGCACCUCCCAACCAGCUCUCAGGCCUCUGGACGUCCGCGAACACUUCGCAGCUGGAGAAUCUUUUCAUCCUGAACGAGCUCGACGACUCCAUGACGCUGGAAGACGCGGAGGAUCUUGGCUCUGACGUAGGAAUCAGGCGUCUCCACUUGAAGGGGAUUAGCCCCCGCUUCAAUCUUGAGUCUUUCGACUGGUCGUCGAUCACCCACCUCACUCUCGAUGUUAAGGGCAAAGCCUUUCUUGCAUGUAUGACCAUUCUCGGGGAGUGCCCUGAUCUCUUGAGCCUGCGCCUCUCCAUAGGCGGCCUCAAGGAAGCUCAUACGAGGCGGUGGUGGAA